CUGUAGAGUUGAUGACUGUACUCUAUUGUGCAGUUGAUGACUGUACUUUACAGUGGAGUCAUCAACUGUGCUGUACAAUUCAAUUGAAUCCAUUGAUCCGAAUUGGAUUAUACGAUAAUUAUCUGAUAAUUGUAAAACUUUUCCAACGCGGGCCUGUCUCAGGGUAGAGCAGAUGUGAGACAUCCGUCCUCCCUGAGGGGCCUCACCUCAUUUUAACAUUUCAAGGGUCCAUCAGCUCACCUAAACCACGUGAGAUCAUCAGAUUUGUGCCUUUAUCUGCCAAGCAGGGCACCAAGCUAGUGAUAUCGUCAGCUGUUCAUAUCGCUCACCCUGGUCCAAAGUUUUCUUCUCGUGGUCUUCAUAAUAUUGGUACGUUCUCUGGAGGGGAGCUUGUGUGUAUUUACUAGUAACGGGAGGAAAGAAAUUACGACUGAGCUGCAGUCAUUUUUGGAGUCCGGGUAUCAUUUCAAACUAUUGUCUAUGUUUUUAUCCCCCCUUCCCCUCCCUCCCUCUCUUCACGAUGCAUUUCUUAUGUUGUACUCAAACUAUCAGUGAAAGGCCAGAGCUUUGAAUGAAGGAGGAAGCAUGUAGAAUCAGCAUACACUGUAAUAACACUGAAUUUAUUCACGGGGCAUUUUGUAUUUUUCUGUUUGUGUCAGGUUUGCUGUGACAUUAAUUGCGGCACUACAGGUAUUGAUAAUGACGUGUGCCAAUUCUAAUGCUUAUCUGGAAAAAAAAAAGUGUGUAAAUACAGUCAAUCGAGUAGCUGAUUGAUUCACUAUUGUCACAGUGUGCUUUUUGUCUGAAGGCAGGAGGAGAGAAGGGACGAUUCAGGACUUUUCCAUGAUCCACAGAUAUUUUUCUACAAAUUUAAAUCAGAUGAUUCUAUACACUGUUGAAUAACAUUGUAAAGGUGUAACAAAUGCUGUAUAUCUUAUCAUGUUUUCUGAAGUCGUAAAGCUUUACUGUAUGAUCUGUUGAAGUAGUGGUUCUUCAUUUUGACACGUUAGUUGUAAUGGAAGCCGGAAAAGCAGCACUGGUCACAUUCAGGAAAAAAGAAAAAGAAAAAAAGACAAACCUCAGAUGUUUUUGUAAUACUUUUAGAAUAUAUCUUAUGAAGUGGGUUUUUGUAAGGAAACACUUUCUGAAUCAGUGGUGCUGUAUGCAUAGCACACUCAGUUAUACAUUUUCACAUUAUACAGCACAAUACACUCUCGUCUUUUAACCCCGCCCCUCUUCCACUCGCGUGCAUUUUCCUUUCACCGAAUUUGGAAGUCUUAGCCCAUUUUAUUUUUUUGCUUAUUUUUUAGCUACGAGCUCGACGCUGAGACAAUAAACACGAAGUCGAGGCUCGCACGACUUAAAGAGAAGACGCAAAAGCCAAAUAGUGACAUCUUUUUUCGUUUGUUUGUUUUCCCACUUCUGUUGAAAGGUCGCGACAGAAAUUUUUUUGUGUAUUUGCUACCUAGUGUCGUUGCUUCAUUUCACCCAUAGCUUCAACCACAGUGUAGUCUGAUGACCAAAUGACCUGGGGAGAUCUUCACCCCCCUUUCCUCUUCCUCCUCCUCCUCUUUUGGAAAGCUUUAAGAUUCUUGUUGAGGCUUCAGCAAGUUCAGAGUGUUUUUAGAGGAUUUUUCUCCAACCUAUCCAUCAACGACGUUGAAGUAAUAAUUUUUCAUCAUCUUAAUUUGUGUGUGCGUGUGCGAGUAUGUGUUUGUUGUAGUACAAAAGGCUGCAUGACUGUAAAGGGAUGUUGUGUUUUUUUUUUUUCUUUGAAAGUUGUUUCCUCAGCACUUCUGUCACUCAUGAGAUGCUCUUUUUUUCCUCCUGUGGGGUCUCCCUUUGGUUUUUUUCAUGUAUCAUUGUUUCUUUUAUCUUUCUAUUUACUAAGCGUAUCAUGUUGUUUGUUCUCAGCACUGUAAAACAGUCCCUUCUACAACAUUGAAAAGCAAUAUCACUGUAUGAAACGUUCACAAUGUAUUUGUUAUGAUUGACAUUUGAUUCAUCAUUAUUAUUCACUUGCACCCUAGGUGUGAUAAUUGAAGUAAAUCUCUUUUAUACAAAUACUAACAGAGUUCUGUCGUGUGCUUUUUUUCUGUUGGAAAACAUUGGGGGGGUUUGAAAAAAAAAAAAAAGUAUUCUCAGAGAAAAAGAAAUAGUUGGUUAGAAACUAGGAACAAACAAGUCUUUUCAGCCAUUUGCAUCUUUUUCAGGUGAGUUAUCCCGAGGAUUACAGAUUAUUUGAACAAAUUGAGUAACCCGAGUAACGGUUGACGUGCUCUGCUCCUGACAGGCCGCUACUCUGAGCUGCAGGGAGAGUUCUCUGCUGCAGUUCGGACCAGCUCGGAGCAAAAGGAGCUCAUCCUGAAGCUGGAGCAUGACCUGAGCACCAUCCAGGCCAUGUCCUCCCUGCCGCGCCCCGAAGCCGACGGAUCGGAGAUCAGCAACAUGGGGAACAUCCCGGAGCCCAUUAAGGAGGCCUCUGCAUCGUUUGCUGCAGGUUCAGGCGUGAGCCCCCACGCGGAGCUUCCUCAGGGCCAGAUGGACUCCCUGCUCUCCAUCAUCUCCAGCCAGAGGGAGCGGUUCCGCUCCCGUAACCAGGAGCUGGAAGCUGAGAAUCGCUCCCUGCAGCAGACCAUGCAGGCCCUGCAGAAUGAGCUGGACAGCCUGAGGGCUGACAACAUCAAGCUGUACGAGAAAAUCAAGUUCCUGCAGAGCUACCCGGGAAAAGCUGGUGGCAGUGAUGACACAGUGAUGCGUUACUCCUCUCAGUAUGAAGAAAGACUGGAUCCAUUUUCCUCCUUCAGCAAGAGGGAGCGUCAGCGCCGAUACCUGAGCCUCAGUCCUUGGGAUAAAGCCACCCUCAGCCUGGGUCGUGUGAUUCUCUCCAACAAGAUGGCCAGGACUAUUGCUUUCUUCUACACCUUGUUCCUGCACUGUCUGGUCUUCUUGGUGCUGUACAAGACUGCUUGGAGCGAGAGUAUUGGAAGAGACUGCACUGCUUUCUGUGCUAAAAAGUACGCUGACCACCUCCACCGCUUCCAUGAGAACGACCAAAACCUCUAGGCUGCUCUGCGUCACAGAGCCAGAGAUGCAUGUCCUAAAGAAAAGUUUCUGGGCUUUCAAUCUCCUUUGUGUUUGUAGUAGCUAGCAUCUCCACUAGGGGGCAGCAUAGAACUAUAAACUGUAACUCGAGGGACAUUUUCUGGGUCUUUAUGUUUGUUAGAAAUUAAUGGGAAACCAAAAUGAAGUUAUGAUGAUUUAAAAAUGACCAAAUACUAAUUUUAAUUUAAAUAAUUAGAUAUUUACCAAAGUACAUCCCAGUACUUAAGUCUUGAUUUUUCAGAAUUUUGAUUAAUAUUAUGUUAUUUGGGUGUUUUAAAGAUAGAGGGCUGGAAGGUUAAUAUAUAAAAAUACUAUAAUGGAAUAGAUGUGUUUUUUUCAAGGUUGUGGUGGAAGUAUAAUAAUAGGGGUUUUUGUUUUUGUUGUGGAAUUGAUCAAUUAAUGAAGGAUAAGAUGUUCUUCCAUGAAAAGAAGUUUAAUUAAAAUGUUUUUUCCCUCACUUCUAUACACAGCUUAGACACGCCGAUCUAUUCUUUGCUCUUGAUAUCAACAGUGGGAUUGAUGAGUGACUGGCUGUGGAUUUUAGUCGACUGUUUCGUUACACAUUAAUGACACGUUGACGGUUAUUCAAAGUGUAAACUCAGCUUCAGCAGUUUCUUGCAUGUUUGCUUCUCCUUUUUCCUUCUUUCUGUUCAAAUAAAAUCUAUGCAGUUA